AUGGCGCUCUUCUCCUGCUGCAACUGCGACCCUACCGCGGAGGAGGAAAUACAGACACAACUCCAGCCCUGCGAUGACGAGGUCCAUGAAGGGAGUGAAGACAUGCCCAUGACGGCGGAACAAAAGCAAAAGGAAAAAGAGAGACUUCAAGCACUCGUGAAGUCUUUCGCGAAGGCCGCAGUCGGUGGUGCUGCAUGCAGUUUUCUUGAUUUGACCACUCAACGCCAAAUUCCAGGGCGCUACUUCCUCGAUAAGACGCUAACCAACUUUAGACUUGUCUUCUCAGAAAGUGUCCAACACUCCUUCCCCCUCAAAGCACUGCACGAGGUUUACAGUCACAGUGCACUGCUUGAGAACAAGGCAACGGCUAGUCUGGCUAAGGAGCCUGGCUUGCAGUCUUUAGAGAGCUCAGUGACGGACAGUUUGGUGAUGCUGGAGUAUGUGGACAGCGGGGGUUCCCACCUGAACCGGCUGUUUUUGCUGGAGCAAGGGGGUCCUGAUGGAAGAGACAGAUUCAUUACGUGCAUGAAGGUUCUGGGGCUGUACGCCAAGAGCGGCAGCACUCAAAACGCAAGCUCAUCUUAG